AUGGAGACCGAACCAGCAGAAGUGGCAGCAGAUAUUCCCGAGGAUAGCAAUCAAUCAGAAGUUGUUGCUGAAGAAUCAUCACAAGCUGCGCCAGUUUCUUCAAAACGCGAUUCUUAUAAUAAAAAUGCGUAUAUUAUGAUUGGAAUGACCAAUAAGGGGGUAAGUUGGAGCAUUUUUCUGCCACGUCAUAACUCAGUUUCAAAAUUGAGCAUAUAAGUUUUUGGAUGAUAAAAAACUCAUCUAGAAAUCAUGAUUUUCCCGACGAGACAAUCGAUAAUUUAUAGCCAAUUAGAUAGUUUAUACGACCCCCUCUCCAAAAAUCGAUCAAAAAUAAACAUUUUUGUUGUCAGGUCGUUCCGGCUGAUGUUAUCGAAUACGAAUGGCCUGCAAAAUCGGGCGAUCGAUGGUUUAUUCAAGAGCAAAUCGGCGAACUGUUGGAUAUCAAGUCGUUUUCGCGCAAAUUUCCGGAUAUGACUAGGCGGAAAGUGAAUCAUGAGGAGAGAGCCUUCUUGGAGCAACAAUAUAAUGUACAUAAUUUGUUGAAUGAGACGUGUGAGUUGUUUUGGGGGAGAUUUUCAUUGAUUUUUUCCUGGAAAGCUCUCACAGAAAUUUAGAAAUGAUUUUCAAACAUUCAAAAUGCAAAAAAAUGAUGAGAAACUGGGUUACGUGAAAAUAUCCACGUUUCAUUUUUUAUUGAUUUUUUCGUCAUUUCUAACAAAAAAUUGCCUGGUAUUCUGCUGGUUUUCAAACUGACACUCAUUUUCAUCAUGAAAACUAUGCUUGAACUGAAGUUUUGAAGAAAAACGGCCUUUUCCCACUCAAAAUUGGUGAAAAUCGGGAUUAUCAGCUGGAUUUUCAAAUUUCAGCUGAAAAUCAAGGUCUUCCACAAUCCCAACCAGCCAAAAACUUAAAAAAAAACAUUUUUUCCAGUGCUCCGUGAUAUGAACGCAAUGCGAUCGACCGAAGUGCACGAUCUAAUGAACAACGAAUAUCCCGACAUCUAUCUCGAAUACAAAAAAAUCAUCACUCAAAAAGAGCGUGAAAUCGCUCUCGAAAAAGCCAAAGAGAUGGAAGCCAUCAAAAAUGACAAGGUGAAGUUAGCCGAACUUCGGAAGAAGGCGAUGACCAGUGCAGCAGAAUUCAACAAAGAUUUGCAAACUUCGAGACGAACUGAGAGAAAACAUUUCUGGGAUAUUCAAACAAAUAUCAUUCAAUCGAGAUUGUCGAAUUGGAAGAAAUUGUCGAAGGAAGCGACACGACCUUUGCCUUAUCCGGUCGCUUUGAUUCCUGGACAAUAUCAAGAAUAUUAUCGGAAAUUUAGCAAGGAGGAAUUGAUGCGUCUACCGGUUGCCACAGUUAUGGAUAGCGAACAUCUCUAUCCGGUUUAUCGUGAUGCUUCGCCGCCACCACUUUCGAUUGCCGAACAAGAUUUUAUUCGGAUGGAGAGAGAUCAGCGGGCGAAAGAGGCACAUGAGGCGGCGAUGGCGUCGUUGAAUGCGUCGGCUGCGGCUUCGCAGAAUUCGCAGGCCACUGGAGAUUCGAAAAUGGUAAGGGAGAUUUUGCGCGAAACAUCGCUUUAGAAUUGAAAAAUCAAAAAUCUAGAAUAUCAGAAAUUUUGAGCAAAAAAAUUUUCAGAGCCUAAACAUUUUUUAAAAAGUUCGUAUUCUGGUUUAUUCAGAAUUAAAAAAUUGUGCCACCUGCAAGGUUCUAAGCUGUUUCUGACUUUGAAUAACAAUUCAAAAAUAAAAAAAUCAAAAUUUAUGAUGUUUCUGAACUCCACACUGAAAUAAUAGCAUUAUCAUUGCGUACGCUGAAAAAAGCUUUGAAAUCCUUGCGAACUCUUGAAUCCGCAAUCAAUAUUGUUGCAAAAUUAAAACAUAACGAAAAACAGGCAAUAGUUCUUCGAUAUUCAGCUAAAAAUAACGAGACUGGAUCAGUGAAUUUUAAGGUUUUUGUUAUUUCAUAAAUUAGUAGUAGUGAUGCGGCGAAUGUAUGAGACGCAGUCACAAUUAUCAAUUUUUUCUCAUGAGCUGUUUCGAAAUGUCGAAUACGAUAAAUUGUAAGGAUAGUUAGGAUAAUUGAGAGCGAAUCACAAGUUAUGAUAAAUCCAGCAAGGAUUAGUCGUUGAAUUGCUUCGUAAGGUAUUCUUGGCAGACGAUUUUCUUGGGUUUGGAGAAUUAGUGGAAUGCAAGAUAUGAAUGAGAUAAUGCAACUUGAGAUGAGAUAGAUUUUGACAAGGUUUGGUGUCCAAAAUCUUGAAAAAUUCAUAAAAGUUGCGCUAAAUCGAUUGAGCGCCAAAUACGAAUUACAUUGAAAAUGAUUGAAGUAAAAUAGUAGAUCAAAAAACACGCAAACAUAGGCGGUAUCGUUGUAAAGUUGACUUGGAUAGAUGUUACCCCAAAUAAUCCAUAAAUAAAGUAGACAAUGGAUAAUAUCUAAAAUUCCCGAGAGCAAAAAAAUUUGAUGAAAUGCUCCGAAUUUUUGAUAUUUUCGUAGGAUAAAUGCUACAAUACAACUUGAAAGAACUGCGGGAAUAUAGAAAAAAUAGAGGAACAAUUGAGAUUGCAUAUAGGAUGUGAGCUCAGCGCCUAGUUUUGCACCUAAAUUUCAGCUGCCAAAUUUUUUAGUUAGUUUUUCACCUGCAUAAUUAUAUUGUGAAAGGUCGAAGAAAACUUGUGCGUUUCGAUUUAGUCCAGAUUUUCAGUCAGAAUUUUUGUCUUUCUGGCUGAAGAACAUGCUGAAAAUCAGGAUUUUCUCUCAAAAAUACAAUUUUUGACUCAAAAUACUGGCCUUCCUACAUGAAACCCUAGAACCAUGCCUGGACCUUGGAUUUUCAGCCAAAACGCGAUUUUUGGCUGAAAAUCCUGAGUCCUCGCGCAGGGAAAUCUAUCGCCAAUUUUUUGCAUGCAAAUUUGAACUACAUUUCUGAAAUUUUGAAAUUUUUAGGGAAGACUCAGAAAUCAGCGGCGAAUCUAUAAUGCGGAUAACAGCGAUGAGGAGAACUUUUACUAACUUCAAUUUUGUGCCCAAAAUUUUUUUUUUGCCAAAAAUAUUGCGCAAUUUUUCCAUGAUACCUCAAAAUGUACAAAAUAAAUCUAUUUUUAAUGUAAAAAAAAUUUGAACCUGAAUUUAAAUUUAGGCCGAAGAUCGAAAAUGUGAUAGUUGUCAGAAGAUCGAAGGAGAAUUGUUGUGGUAAGUUAAAAAAAUUCAAAUUUCCCCUAAAAUUAUCGAUUUUUUCAGCUGUACAACGUGCAAAAUAGCAUAUCAUCCACAAUGCAUUGAAAUGCCUGAAAGAAUGGUGAAAAUUGUGAAGACUUAUGCGUGGAGUUGUGUGGAUUGUCGACUUUGUUCGAUUUGUAAUAAACCGGAUAAGGAUGUGAGUUGGAUUUGGGAAGAAAAUUGAGUGAUUUUGAGCUGAUAAUCUAAUAUUUAUCAGCAUUUCAACACCGAAAAAUGUACCCUGAGAAUUACGUUUCAAAAAAUGCUUAUAUUUUUUAACAAUUUAACGAAAAUGAUAUGUGUCAGUGUUGAAAAAAUUGAACUAUAGUUAAAUAUCGUGCCAAAGAAAAAGUUGUCAAAAAUUCACUGUUUCAAAAUUUUUCGGUGAAUUUGUGAGCCAAAAAUCAUACAAUUUUGACCCCAAUAAAUAAAAUGUUCCCUGAAAAUUUAAGUUUCAAGAAUUUCAUAUUUUUGUACAGUUUUGUAGGAAUUUAAUUUAAAAGUGUAUGGGAGAAUUUUUUUGAAACUAAAAUUAAACAAAUAAAUAAAACAUGUUAAAAACCAAAUUCUCUCCUAAAAAUCUCCGAAAAUUAGUCGAAAAUAAGCCCACACCUCAUGCAUCUAUUCAUUUGCGAAAAAAACCGAAAAAAGUGUAUUUUUUUACAAUAUUUUUCUAUUCACCAAAAUCACAAAUUGUCGCGAAAUACAUGCAAUCGUGACGAGACCCACACUCAUCAAAAGGAAGAAAGUGUGAAAAAUGCAUGCUUUCGAAAAUUUCAUUUCUUGUUUUUUUUUCUCGCAUGUUUUUCUCCUUGAAAUGUGUGUGGGUCUCGUCACGAUUGACAUUUAUUUCGUGCAUUUUGGUGAAUAGAAAAAUAUUGUAAAAAAAUACAUUUUUUUCGGUUUUUUUUCGCAAAUGAAUAGAUGCAUCAAAAAUCCCCCAAUGUUUCUGCAGGACGAAAUCAUAUUUUGCGACCGUUGUGAUCGUGGCUUCCACACGGAUUGUGUAAAUUUGGACGCGCCACCGAAAGGCACUUGGAUUUGCUCGACUUUCUGUGAAAUUGACAAGAAACCGAGGGGAAGACCGAUGAGAAGACAAUCAAAUGCGCAGCCCAUGGAGACUUGA